UCUCUCCUGUUCUUUCUCCGCCGGCGCAAGGAAUCGACGUCGCUCACCUCCUCACCAGACUCACCAAUGAGGAAUCAAAGAACGUGGAGCUCAUGGAGUGCGCGGAGAACGUCGGGAAGGGGAAAUUCGACCUCGCACUCCAGGUGCUCGACCUCUGCACCCGGUUAUCUUCCCAAGCCGGCAACCCGAUCCAGCGGGUCGGGUACUACUUCUGCAGCGCCCUCCGCCAGCGGAUCGAGGUCCAGAAGACCCGCCGCGGCGGCGAAUUGGAACACGACGAUCAUCGGAAGCCGCUCGAAUAUAUCUGACAUGACGGUGACGCUCGCGGACAAGAGCGCGAUGGAGUUCCGGACCAGAGUCCCGUUCUACACCGCCUCCCAGCUCGCCGCAGUCCAGAUCUUGAUGGAGAACGUCGCCGGGGAGAAGCGGAUCCACGUGAUCGAGCUCCGGAUCUGCUCCGGCCUGCCGAUGAUCGCCCUGAUGCAGGCUGUAGCGAGUUCCCCCAAUUCGAUCGGAAUGCUGCGGAUCACCGCUUCUUAAUGAUAUGCAUCACUUGCGAGAUUAUCUGUAUGCUAUAAGUUGAUUAUGGGAAGGCGGACACCUUCCUUGAGGUGAGCUUUGCAGCUAUGAUUGGAGCUUUACAAUGGAUGUAGAGAUCGUUUCUCAGGAAGCAGAAAUGGAGGAGGCAGAGAGGAUGAAGAAGAUUGAUGGCGGUGGAAGCAGCGACAGCAGUAACAACAACUAGGACGUUCAAGCAUGGUUAUACAGAGAAUUAGGAUAAAGAUUUUUCCUUUAUGGCCUCCGGCGCUAGAGUCGUCGGCAGCAACUCUUCCCCUGUUAGCUAGUUUACGAGUGUCUUAUUAUGUUCUAAAUGCAAUAGUUCCAUUUCAUUUCUGAGGUCAAUUAUGUUUGCCUUGAUUAGUUAGUCAAAAUCCAUAGUUUGUUAAUAUUCUUGUGAUCCAAUUCCAAUCAAGGUUUGGUUUUGGUUUGCGUGAAUUUGUUAGAUGAAGGUGAAAGGCCAAUUUGCUCAGAUUCAGACUUUUGUGGGGGUGAUUGAGGGGUUUGUAGGUGAUUGCGGGGGUUUUAACUAAUCACGGCAACGAGAAUUGGCUAUAAAAAAUAUAUUUUAUAUAUUUUUUUAAUAUUUAGAAAUGAGGUGGAAAUUUUUAAAAAAUAAAUUUUAUUUAAUUGCCACGUCACACAUUUAACGGUCAACUUUUAGAGUUGACUGCCACAUAAGCAAAAGUUAACAGACUUGGACGGAGAGUGACCAAACGUGAACGGUUUUAGUAAACUGAAGUACCACCAAUGAAUUUAAAUAUUUCGAGUGACCAAACUUGAACGUUUUUUGUAAUCUUAGUGACUAACUAUGCAAUUAACCCUGAAAAUUAAUAUGACGACUCUUAGAUUUUUAUAGUAUGGAUUAUGGAUGAAAACUAGCUAGUUGGAAAACGGGUGGUCCAUUUUUGAUCGGUUCAUCAGAAAAUAUGUAUAGAAUGACGAUGAUUUGUUGACGUUUAGGAGGCCCGCCACUAAAUGUUGGGUUGGGACGGUAAUUGACCCUCAGGACAUGAAAUGUGUUAAAUGCAAUAUGCAAUACUAGUUAUCACAUGGUUAUAAAUGCUUUAGUACUUUUAACAUAACGCAGCCUGACGUUGUAUCAAUUGGACACUGCAAUUAGCACGGUAAUUGUUGUCACUAUAAAUGUGGUGCUAAAGUUACAUUACAUGAGACCACUAACUGGCAACUAGUAAUGGGAGUCAUUUUUCAUAUUAAAUAACAUCUUAAACAUGUAUAGUUAAUGACGGUAAACACCAUCUUCAAAAGUGUACAUUUCGUCACUAAACAUUUGUUUGAAGAUUUAUGCUCCAAAAGUUGGUAUUAAUGACGCUUAUUGCGUGAUUAAUAGAUAUAAAUUAUCAAAUAAUACAAUGUCGUGACUAUUUAUAAAUAGUUAGGGUACAUAUUUUUCGUGAGCUGUAUAAUUAGUCAUAGGGAUUUAUAUUACUUAAAUUUCUUCGUGACUAAAAUUCAUGGAAAACACAUUCUUAAAUAUAGGUUUCCCGUGACUAAAUGACAAUUUUUCCUUUAGUGUAUACUUCUCUUUUUCUUGAAGUGAUAAACAUAUAGCUUUGUCAGGGAAUUGAAGUUGGUUGACCAUACAUGAUACAUGAAUAAAGCCCAUUUAGUUAG